CUGGCUGGGGGUAGCUUGGAGGGAGAGCAAGAGUCAGGGAGGAGGAAACUGUAUUGAUGGAUCUGGGGCUUGCACCCUGCUUCAGUGUGGUGCUCAGAAGCCAGCACAAGGCAGACCUGUAGGCUGAGGCAGCGCGGUAAACUUGACAUCUGAAUGCAUCUUCCCACUGGCAAAAGACGAAUCUAAUAACUCCUUGUCAAAGCCGAGCUACACACUCAACUCAGCCUCUUCGCUUCCCAAAGCUUCUCGUCAAGACAUGGAAGCUAUUGCCAAGUUUGAUUUCAUGGCCUCGGGUGAGGACGAACUGAGCUUUCACACUGGAGAUAUUCUGAAGAUACUAAGCAACCAGGAGGAGUGGCUCAAGGCGGAGCUCGGAAGCCAAGAAGGAUAUGUGCCUAAGAAUUUUAUAGAUAUCGAGUUUCCUGAGUGGUUCCACGAAGGCCUCUCACGACAUCAAGCAGAAAACUUACUCAUGGGCAAGGAAAUUGGAUUCUUCAUCAUCAGGGCCAGCCAGAGUUCCCCAGGAGACUUCUCCAUCUCUGUCAGGCAUGAAGAUGAUGUUCAGCACUUCAAAGUCAUGCGAGACACCAAGGGAAACUACUUCCUGUGGACUGAAAAGUUCCCAUCCCUAAAUAAGCUGGUGGACUACUACCGGACAACAUCCAUCUCCAAACAGAAGCAGAUUUUCCUUCGGGAUGGAACGCAAGACCAGGGUCACCGGGGCAACAGCCUGGACAGGCGGUCCCAGGGAGGCCCUCACAUGAGUGGAACCGUAGAAGAAAUCCGACCUUCGGUGAACCGGAAGCCGUCAGACCACCUUCCCCUGGGUCCCCAGCAGUUCCACCCGCACCAGCAGCCGCCCCCCCAGUUCCCAUCAGGGCCACAGCACCCUCCACAGCAGCGCUAUAUGCAGCAUUUCCACCAGGACCGUCGUGGAGGCAGCCUGGACAUAAACGACGGACACUGUGGCAUCGGCAGUGAGGUGAACGCCACCCUGAUGCACCGGAGACAUACAGACCCCGUACAACUCCAGGCGGCAGGGCGAGUGCGCUGGGCCAGGGCACUGUAUGACUUUGAGGCUCUGGAGGAGGACGAGCUGGGAUUCCGAAGCGGAGAGGUGGUUGAAGUCCUGGACAGCUCCAACCCAUCUUGGUGGACCGGCCGUCUGCACAACAAACUGGGUCUUUUCCCCGCCAACUAUGUGGCCCCCAUGACGCGAUGAUGAGUCGUCCUGGGAGGUUUGGGGGCUCUUCGUCUGAAGCUGCCUGCAAGACAGGGAGGGGCAAGGGGGGAAAGCUGAACUUUAUAACUACAUAUACAUGCAUACAUGUGCAUGUGUGCCCCUGUGAACACAAAACAUGUAUAUGUAUACCUAUGUCUACACACAACAUUGUAUAAUAGUAAUUUAUUGGCAGGCAGGUUGGCUUAUUGACCGGCAUGAGAAGGAACCCAGGUGGAGAGGGGGGCAUUUUGCCAGCUCUUCUCUGUCUAAGGGGGCAGUGGGGAGCUGGGAACAGGGCAGGGAAAUGGCCUUUCCCAGCUCUUGAACUUUCCUGGCUUCUUUCCUGGCUUGGGAAUUUUCUAAGAGAGCAAGCAGCUAAGCAGAGAUCACACCCCAGGGAUGGAUGGACAGGGCAAGGCUGGGCUUGGUGAGGCACGUUAGGUAGUUCACCUGGCCCUGUUCACUUAUAGGGUCUGCACAGAGCAGGCACUGCACCCUGAGAAUUAAGGCGUAGCAGAUGCAGGGCUCUAGGCACCAGGCAAGUCUGAGCAGGGAGCCAGCAAGGGCGUGGUCAGGAGGCUCCGCUUGGUGUGGGAGAACCCUGCAAACUCAGGCCUUGUCAAUGUCUGGCUGGGACUUUUACUUUCCAUCAGAGACUGUCCCUUGGGUAAUCCUCUUCCCCUAUGGCUGACAAGAGAGUUAGAACAUGGGGACACCGCAGAGCCAGGUGCUAGGGAACACACAGGGGUUCUCCACAGGCCCUUGUGGCUUACUUGAAUGUAACUUCUGUUUCCCUAGCUGCAAAGAAAGCUGCAGCCUAGAUUCUUGGAAGUGCUUGGAGAAGCCCUGGCGGAAAAUGUGAGAAGUGUCAGCAGCCUCACUCUGUGGCUACAAGGGUGUCUCUGUGGAACUCAAUUGGGUUUUGCUCCUGAUCUUCUGUGGUUGAGGACAUCUUUGCCAGUGGACGUGAGGGAAGCCAAGAGCGCUGACUGCCGAUCGAUAGAUAGAUAGAUUGACAGACUGACUCUAACCCAGACGGGAGCUUCAUGGAAAUGAGUUUCCUCUUCUGUUUGAGCCGUAGGCCUCUCUCCACCUAGGAAGAGGAACACCACUGCUGCUGUCCCUCUGUCACCUUAAAUUAGAAUUGUGUGUCCUGGUGCCCAACCUGGGGAAUAAAGCACAGAGAAGCCUGUGGGCAGGGAGGGACACUGGGGAGGAAGCUCGGGUGCUUUUGUGGAGCCUGGAAGUAAAGAUGUCAGAACAGAAGGCA